AUGCGGCCAACACUUCGAGCGCUUGCGCGCUACCUCGAACCCGGUACGCCCACUGGGCUAACGGGUCUGUGGACGCACGCCACCCCCCGAUCGACGCUCCUCUUCCUCUACGGCAGCACCCUCCACAAGCUGCAAUCGCUGCCGGCGACGUCCCUGUACCGCCAGUCGGUCGAAGCCACAACUAAGCACCGGAUGGCGCUGGUCGAGCAGUACACGCCGCCCGGCUACGAGGCGUGGGCGGCCAAGGCGCGCGAGCUGGUCAAGAACAACGCCGAGCAGUUCCGCGUGGCUAGCGGCCGUGUCGACGGCAGCGAAGCCCGCACCGUCAAGCUGGGCGACCGCAUUUUUGUCGUCGGGUCGAGGCACCUUCCCGGCGACGAGCGCACUGAGGAGUGGGACGGCGAGGAGAAUGAGGGCGGUGAGCUCGAGGGCAUCCGCUCCCCGGCCGAGCGCGCCGACGUGGCCGUCUGGGCUGAGCGCAAACCCCUGGAGGAUCACGAGAAGAUUGAAUGGGAGGAUGAGCCUCAGCUGACGGCGGAUCAGAUACAUGAACUCGAGCAAAAGCUCGGUGCUGGUCUCAUUGAGGAGGUUAUCGAGGUUGCCGAGGGCGAAUUGAAGAUUAUUGAGGUCAUGGAAAAGGCCAAGGUUUGGGAAGACCUCGAGGAGAAGCCCGUCGAUGGCCAGUGGACAUACUUUGACCGACCCUGA